UCUGCCUCACACUUUUCCCCCACGUUCAGCACUUUGGCCACAGCCAGUCAAUGGCAUUAAAAGUGACAAACAUCUUUUUGUUUCGUGCCGACAUCAUGGACUUGUUUUUAUUCUUUCUUCUGGUCGUGCAAAUGCACAGCGUGACGCCUGUGAUUCACACGCUGCAGUAUUUCCACACUGCAUCCUCUCAAGUUCCAAACUUCCCAGAGUUUGUGAGUGUUGGUUAUGUUGAUGGAGUUGAGAUUAGUUACUAUGACAACAACAUCAGGAAAGCAGAAUCCAAACAGGACUGGAUGAACAAAAUCACAGCAGAGGAUCCAAAAUACUGGCAGAGACAAACAGAGAUCAAUGUUGGUAAUGAGUUUAGGGCCAAACACAACCUUGAAGUUCUUAAGAAGCGUUUCAACCAAACUGGAGGUGUUCACAUUUUUCAGAGGAUGUCAGGAUGUGAAUGGAAUGAUGAGACUGAUGAGGUUACAGGUUGGGAUCAGCACGGUUAUGAUGGAGAAGAUUACAUAUCGUUGGACAUGAAGACAUGGACAUGGACUGCAGCAAAACCACAAGCUUUCCCCACCAAACUCCAGUUGGACCAGGACAGAUUUGUACUAGACCAUGAAAAGUAUUAUUACACUGAGGAAUGUCCUUCUUACUUGAAGAAGUAUGUGAAGUAUGGGAAGAAGGUCCUAAUGAGAACAGAGCUUCCAGAGGUGUUCCUCCUCCAGAAGACGCCAUCCUCUCCAGUCACCUGCAUGGCGACAGGUUUCUAUCCCGACUUCGCCGACCUGUUUUGGAGGAAAGACGGCGAGCAGAUGUUGGAGGACGUGGAGCACGGAGAGCUGCUCCCCAACCACGACGGAACCUUCCAGAUGUCGGUGGAGCUGAAAGUGGAGGUGACGGCCGAGGUGGAGGGCAAGUACGAAUGUGUGUUCCAGCUGUCUGGCGUCAAGGAGGACCUGGUCACCAAGCUGGAGAGAAGAAGCAUCCUGAGCAACGCAAGCCAUGAAGGUGAGAAAGACACAUUUAGUUGGAGAUGUUUCCCAUCACAAGUCCACCUGUCACCAUUAUUGAUCCAUGUCACCAUGACAACGCUUGACGUCUGCAUGCAAAGUAGUCAUGAAGGUUUCCUCUUCAUGCUUUGUCACUCCACUUGUGCUUUUUUGCUCUCCACAGACAACUUGAGCGUCGCCCUCGCUGCCACGGCGGCGGUCGUCGCUGUGGCGGCCGUCCUGGCGGCCAUCAUCAUGGUCAUGGUCAGGCGUCACAGAAACAGACAAGGUGAGGGACACCAAUGUCCUCCGUCUUCUUCUUCUUCUUCUUCUCGGUCCAGGCCGUGAGUUGAUGCUUUCAUCCGGGCUGCAUGUUUUAGUUGCCUUCCAGCCAAACACUCAAAGAUCCACAGAGACAGAGCGCACACUCUCACAUAGAAACACGUGAGGAAAAAGUCCAUUUCACCUUGUUUCCCUUUCAUUUCAGCCCAGUACGAUCCAGCUCGUAAGUAAAACAUCUUUUCUUUGAGCCGCAAGAAACAAAGCCGUGGUGAAGCGUCACUCACAUGGAGGUCUGAUGUGGACCUUUGUUACAAGUUUAGCCUGAAAAUCCCAACUUGGGCUGACUCCUUCACAAUAAAAGAGCCUCCUGUGAGCACACGCAAUACAAAGUGUGGCAUAUCUCACGUUUGACAUGAGUCCUCAUGAUGAGGAUCAGCCAAAUGAGACCUCAAGUGUGCUGACUCAUCAAGAAGGUAUCCUAGUCAGGAAGUAGAAGAGCAGCACUCUGCUUCUUCAUGUUUCCAAGUCACACCUCAAAGAUCUGAUGUGAGUGACGAGGCACCUUCUGGAUGUUCUUCCUUCACCGUUUGCGUUUGUCCCGCAGCUCGCCACGGCGGCGUGGAGCUCUCCGAGAGGGUGGCGGCUGAAGGCUGAGUAAGUCUGCACCUCCAAAUGUUCUUGUGUGAAGAUGAUGUUCAACUUGGUUCUGUUGGGAAUGUGCUGAGUCAUCUUCUUCCUCCAGGAUGCUUUGUGCACUGGAACACAGAGAGAUGUCUCCAUCGCUGAGGGACGUCAUGGAGAUGUGCUUUGUUCUUCAUCCCACUGCUCCUCACGCUAUUCCAUCUAUUCUUCUUUGGCCGUUAAAAUACUUUCAACAUCAAACGUUGGUGGCUAUAAAAUCAUUCGGGGCUCACGUUUCAUGGCCUUGACAUCAUGACGAGGAUUUCUUCUUUCUUUGAAUGGCCGCUGCUUAUGAUCAAUAUCACAUUGUGUCACAUCUCUGUCAAUAAAUCCGUUUGUUCUCCA